GUUCGGUAUCUGUCUUUGAUUGGGUCACCCGAAUGUGUGCUUUGUGAGAGAAAAGGCGUUUCGAGCUGGCUCCAGUGCCCAGACCCAAGCCCCCCACUGCUCAAUGGACACCCCCAGCCCAGACCCGUUGCCUUCGCCUUUGCCCGGGGAGGAAGCGAAACCUCUGGCCUUACCUCCUCCUGUUCCCCGGGGCCGCCGAGGCCGUCGUCCUGGGGGAGCCGCCUCCUCUCAUCGGACACUCAAGGCCUCCUCCCUCCCUCGCAAGCGGGGCCGCCCCCCCAAGUCAGGGCAGGAGCCCCCACUGGUGCAGGUGCAGGGCGUGGCAGCCCCAGUAGGCAGCAGUGGCGGCAACGACCUCCUCCUGAUCGAUGAUCAGGGUGUGCCCUAUACAGUCUCUGAAGGGUCAGCGGCCGGGCCUCAGGGCUCCGGCCCCAGGAAGGCCCCACACUUCUGCCCAGUGUGCCUGCGGGCCUUCCCCUACCUCUCCGACCUGGAGCGCCACAGUAUCUCGCACUCAGAGCUGAAGCCACACCAGUGCAAGGUUUGCGGCAAGACCUUCAAGCGCUCCAGCCACCUGCGGCGGCACUGCAACAUCCAUGCCGGCCUGCGGCCCUUCCGCUGCCCGCUGUGCCCCCGCCGCUUCCGCGAGGCGGGCGAGCUGGCGCACCACCACCGCGUGCACUCGGGAGAGCGCCCGUACCAGUGCCCCAUCUGCCGGCUGCGCUUUACAGAGGCCAACACGCUCCGGCGCCAUGCCAAGCGCAAGCACCCAGAGGCCAUGGGGGUACCCCUGUGUGCACCAGAUCCAGGGUCUGAACCGCCGUGGGACGAGGAGGGCAUCCCGGCCACAGCAGGGGCCGAGGAGGAGGAGGAGACAGAGGGGAAGGGGGAGCCGGCCUGACCCACAUCUCUGGCCAUCACUCCCUGGGCCAGGUUUAGAGCAGGGAGUUUGGCUGGUGCUGGGCCUGGGCCAGGGGGCCGGGACACCCUUGUUUCUGGUGGUCUUCCCGUUGUGGGAGCAGGUGGAGGGUGGAGACCUAAACUUCUGGGUCCAGCUGCCUUCAGCCCCCCUCCCCCAGACUAACAGAUCCUUGGAGGCAGGGGUUGUGGAAAUAAAUCUCUGCCUGCUGGC